GGUAGAUCCGGCUCUGUAUAGUACUGUUUUUCCUUUUUCAAGCAGAAUAAUAGGUAAAUUUCUGUGAAUAAUGGGUAAACUUUAAAGAAUAAUAGGCAUAUGGAGUAGGAAAUUCAGAAUAGAAUAUCCGGACAAAUUGUGGGAAUAAUAGUCUCAGGCCUACAGGUUAGGGACUCACCUAUACUGUCAUAACAAUAGAGUUUUGAUAGAGAAUUCCUAAAAUAUCAGGAGAAUGCAGAUCUCCAGUCAAGCAUGCAGGAACUACAUUCCAGGAAUCAGGCCAAGGACAGGGAGCUAGCUGAGGCUCAGCAGCAACUGAGACAGAAGGAGGAAGAGCGAGCUAGACAAGGAGCAGAGCUGACAAGAUCAGAGGAGACUAUCAGGAGAGAACAGCAGCAGGUUCAAGCAGUGUUAGCUGAGACUCAGCAGCAACUGAGACAGAAGGAGGAACAGCUGCGAUCAAGUGAGGCUCUAGUGGCUGACUUUCAGAAGGCCCUCCAGCAGAGAGACUUAGAGCCGACUCAGAGGACAAAGACCCAGCCUAGUCUUCUACAAACAGCUGUACCACAUUCCACACCAGUCAAUAUUAAACCCAGAUAGGUUAAAUAUUUCUUCACACUUUCAUUCUCAUGACAGGAGCUAACGAUACAUUUUAAACUGGAU